CCAGUCUUCCAGUUUGAGGAACUCUUUUAAAUUUUAUGGAAUAUUCCGUGUAAGGGAAAAUAAGGGGAACACACAAAAAAUUGGCGGGAAAAUAAUCACACGGGUCUUAUUGGGCGAGUUCGCACAUUACUCUCGAAACAAUUGGAGAACCCCAAAAGCAAAAUCGAAGGCGAUGAACAAAGGCAUGAGCAGAAAACAGCCAGCGCCGCCACAACCGGCGGCGAACCCAGCCAAGCAGCAGGCCACGUCCGCAGAAGAAGAAUUCGUCGACGAUGACGUCUUCCUCGACGAAGCCCUUUUCGAGACUGAGGCCCGCCACUCUCCCAUUGCCAUCAUUAUCCGGAUUUUUGGGGUUACAAAGGAAGGACAUAGUUCGCUGCCAUUUUUAUCGAGGGGCCCUGCUCCUGACGAUAUUUCUAGGUUUCAUCGAAUUCUUGAGGGGAGGAUGGGAGAGGUCAACAGGAACAGCAGGGUACCAAAAUUCAUUCGCCGUGUUGAAAUGAUGCAGAAGAGGAGUAUCAUGUAUUUCCAGCAGCAGGAUUCUGAACCCUUUCUCACAAUUGUUGUUGCUUUGCCAACAAUGGUGGCCAGCUGCCGGGAUAUUCAGACUUUAUCAGCCGUACUCCAGAAGGGGAAUUUUUUGAAGAUGGCUCCAUUUCAAAUAUUGAGCUUUGAUAUUGAGUGUGCCGGCCAUAAAGGUCAUUUUCCUGAGCCUAUCCAUGAUCCUGUUAUCCAGAGAGUUUCUGUCAAAAUGGUUGCUGCUGGUGCUGAACAUACUGCAGCUGUCACAGAAGAUGGGUCGCUCUAUGGGAGGGGCUGGGGAAACUUGGGCCUAGGUGAUAGGAACGAUCUCUUGGUCCCGGAGAAGGUUUCUAUGGUUAAUGGCAAAAAUGGAGGGAAGAAAAAGAGGGAAUUUGGAGAUUUUGGGGGUCGGGCAAGUUGGUGAGCACUGAGCAGUCAAAUAUUGCCUCAAAAGUGAGUCAUGUGCCCAUGACAGUAUCUAACGGAGUAUUAGAUGGCAUUGUUAGAAAUCUGACAGUAAGCCCUAUGUUGUAGUAUUUUAACAUAGUUUAUGACCUUAAGGUACAAAUAAAAUUUGCAUAAUUUUAGGCACAACUUUCCCUCAGACAAUGUAAUAUCCCCCAUCAAUGCAUAUUGUGUUCAUUAGAUUGCUUUCCUUUCAUCUGUAAAUUCUGUACUAAGUUGAAAUUACAGAAGAGAAUUGGAUCUUUCAAAGUGGCGUUGUCUUGAAAGUAGUCGGGGAGGUUCCUAAAGGGUUAGAGAUUAGGCUUUGGAAGAGAGAUAAUAUGGUGCUUCAGCAUCCGUGCUGGGGCUCCACCUAAUGGAUGUGCUUUGUUGUCUAGGAUUGUCAAAGCAGGCUCUUUUUUUACAGGUAACAGAAACACAAAUUGCCCCUUAAGCUGGAAAGCUAUAAGAUUAGGCAUAAUGUCAAUGGGGAGUAUUAUCCCAGACAGAUUUCAAGUGGAAAUCUUGUUUUGGAAGGUGACAGCCCGCCUUAGAGUAUACCUGAUCACUGUACUCUAUGGUUCCAUCAAUGUUUUAAAAGGAGAAGGCGAAGCCAAGGCAUUCCAUGGAUAGCCUCGAGGUGUGAGGGUACCUAAAAUUGUUAUAACACUUAAUAUAUAAUUGUAUAUAAAAAAUAUAAUAAACUAAUAGAUACUAAGUUAGAAACAUAAAAUUAGCAUGAAUUUUUAAUUUUUCAUAAACCCCAAUGGUGAGAAGCCCUAACCUUAAACUUAAAAUUAUGUUUGUUGAGAACUUGUGGGAAAUUGACAAGUUAGAUUGGAGAAGGGCAGCGUUGGCUUGAGACUGGGAAUUUUGAAGUAAAGAAAGGUGGGAGAAGACGAAAGAGUUUUGAGUUUUAUAAAAACCCUGCGCAAAACGACGUCGUUUUGGGUUUGGGCUGUAUAAAAAAAAACAAAAGAAUUCACGCACCUAGGUGGCGCCUCGAUAACGCCUCAGGCUCGCUUCCCAAACGCCUAGGCUCGUCUAUAGCCCACUCUUGCUUGGCAGAGGCGUUUUCUUCAUGGACAAGGAUUG